AUUGCCUAUUUCUAAUCCGGCUGUAUACAGAAAGGUUUUCCUUAUACAAAGACCCUGCUUGGAUGGAGACAUGAGCACAUCCGUUUGAUGAAGGCAGCUGGACUGGAAAGUGAUGAAACCCUGCAGCCAGGGCGAAGACUGUGAUUGAAGUUUUUCGAGAAAACUUACGCAGGGAAUUCAUGAUGAUGUCGGGAUUUCGACUAAACCUGACUCCACUCAAGGAACCACUGGGAUUUAUCAAAGUUUUGGAAUGGUUAACUUCCAUCUUUGCCUUUGGAAGCUGUGGAAGCUUCAGUGGCCAGAACAUCAUAACGCUCUUCUGUGGUGCUGGGCUUAGAAAUGAAACACUGAAUGUCACCAUUCAUUACCCUUUCAGACUCAAUGAGAUUACGCUGGUGGGUGCCAACUCCACGUUGUGCGGCCGUGCGGUUCAGGAGACGCAUCUGGUGGGAGACUCCGCCUUCUCGGCUGAGGUGUUUGUGGGCGUGGCCAUCAUGGCGUUCUGCUACUCCAUGGCAACCCUCCUGAUCUACCUGGGAUACAUGGACAGCUACAGGGACACACAAGGGCCAUCGUCAUGGUCACAGAUUGACUUCUCCUUGACGCUGCUCUUCGCGGCCGUCUGGCUGGUGUGUUCGUCAGCGUGGGCCAAGGGGCUCCAGAACGUGAGGAACGCCACCGGCACGCCGGGCAUCCAGGCCACCCUCUCCGUGUGCCAGGCACAGGGGGUUCUCUGCCAGGUCACCGAGAGGGCCAACAUGCGCAGCCUCAGCGUGUCCGUGGUGUUUGGCUUCCUCAAUCUGGUCCUGUGGUUGGGCAAUGUGUGGUUCACCUACAAGGAGACUCCAUGGCACGCCCGGUCACUACCCUCAGAGGAGGUCCCCGUCCGGAGGCACGUGCCCGUCCCCAUCUGAAAGGGCAACCAUUGGACUGGAUCCUCUACUAACUCCAUUGACGUUGAUAUUCAUAUGAUGCCUACAAGGAAAUUCCCUUUUCUUGCCUUACAGUAUAAACCAAAAUGUUUUAUAUGUCCCUCCUCUGGGGUGUGUUUCUCGAAAAUAUAGUUGUUAAGGCCCUGCCGUGGCUCAAACUGUAGGGCACGGCACUGUCAUGUUGGGGACCCUGGUUUGAUUCCGAGGACAUUUCCUGGUCCUCCCCCAUCUGUCUCCCACUCACUUCCUGUCUCUCUCUGUCCCCAGUUUAUUUUUGUAAAAAGGAAGUAUAGUUGUUAGCCAGUUAGCAACUUGGGUAGUUGCUAGUCGUUAUACGUCCUAAUUGACGUAGUUGGCAAUGGGAAAUUGCAUUGCAAACAACCAAGUAGAUAACGUAGUUAGCAACCAUGGUUUCGAGAGAUGCACCCCUGUUUUGUAUGUGUAUAUAUGGCUGCGUGUUACGAGGGAUUCAUAUAUUACAGUAACCUGUGUAAAUAACAGGAAGAGGUUACCUAACAUACUUUAGGGCCUUGCGACUGUCUGGUGUUUGAGAAUUUUGAUAUUUUAGUCUUUCGAUGCUUGCUUUUAACCUAACUGAUGCCUAUUGAGAUGCUCAUAAAGCUGGUGUGGCAAACUAUUGCUGAGGUAAAAUGCCACUGUCCUUAUGAUAUGAUAUGAUAUGAUAGACUUUAUUGAUCCCCUCAGGGGAAAUUGAGUGCCACCUGGUCAUUCACACAGCACAUUCCAGACACAUAGACAAACAUAUAAUAAAUAAGAGCUAACAAUAAAUAAGCAAUAAGAAACAAUAAACAGUCCAUCAUGAAAACUCACAAAGAGUCACCACAACAUAUAAAAACACAUAAGACCAAUAAAACCCAUCAGCAGCUGUUGUUAAAAAGUCUGAUUGCUGCAGGGAUAAAAGAUCGUCGGAACCUUUCGGUGGAGCACCUAGGGUGGAGGAGCCUUUGGCUCCUGCCGCUCCUUGUGAACAGGCUGGACAGUGGGUGGUCGUCCCUGCCCAGCGCACUGUUCACCUUUCUUAAUGUCCACUCCUCUAAAAUUUGCUCCACCAAAUUAAAACACACACCCGUGAUGGACCCCGCCUUCUUGAUCAGCUUAUUUAUCUUGUUUCUUAUUUAUCUUAUGUCACUGCUGUGCCUUUGAAAAGUUGUUUGGUCUAAUAAGAGACGUUGCAUUGGUAUGUGUGAUGUCUCAAACAGGCUAGACUAGAGUCCUCCCAAAAAUAGGCCAAUUAGUAUAGUAUGUUGGUUACGUCAAGUUUGUUGAUGUAUUCUCUUAUCUUGUUUAUUUCUCACAACUGACAAGCUCAUGCCUCUUCAAAAACUGGUACUGUGCAUACAUUUUUGCUAAUAAAUUC